AAGGACUGGGAUUUGCACCUUGUAGGGACUGAUGAAUCGUGAGAGUUGAGUUUUGGCCUUCCCCUCUGAGGCCCUGAGCCUGGUCUUAGUUCCUCCAGCCCUAGGGAAUUUUCAGGUGAUCCAAUUCCUCUAAAGAUUUUCUGGUCUGACCCAGAGAAGUUGAGCCACGUUGCUUAGGUCACACAGCUAGCUCAGCAGUUUGCUGAGAGAAGUGUUGCUAAGAAGUCCUCAUCUCUCCGGAAGGCAUUAUUAGGCUUUGGGCAAAGCAUCUUACUCCAUGUGACUCUAUGGUCCCCUCAGAUUCCUGAAGUCAUGGACUGGCCGGGACAGGGGUGACUCCCUAAUCCAGUAUGGAUGACUGGAAGCCUAGUCCCCUCAUCAAGCCCUUUGGGGCUAGAAAGAAACGGAGCUGGUAUCUUACUUGGAAGUAUAAACUGACAAACCAGCGGGCCCUGCGGAGAUUCUGUCAGACAGGGGCCGUGCUUUUCCUGCUGGUGACUGUCAUUGUCAAUAUCAAGUUGAUCCUAGACACUCGGAGAGCAAUCAAUGAAGCCAAUGAAGACCCAGAACCAGAGCAAGACUAUGAUGAGGCCCUAGGACGCUUGGAGUCGCCUCGUCGAAGAGGCAGCAGUCGACGUGUUCUGGAUGUGGAAGUGUACUCAAGCAGAAGCAAAGUGUAUGUGGCCGUGGAUGGCACCACAGUGCUAGAGGAUGAGGCCCGAGAGCAGGGACGAGGCAUCCAUGUCAUUGUCCUCAACCAGGCCACGGGUCAUGUGAUGGCAAAGCGUGUAUUUGACACGUACUCCCCUCAUGAAGAUGAGGCCAUGGUGCUGUUCCUCAACAUGGUGGCACCCGGCCGUGUGUUGAUCUGCACCGUUAAGGAUGAGGGCUCCUUCCACCUCAAAGAUACAGCGAAGGCUCUCCUGAGGAGCCUGGGAAGCCAGGCAGGCCCUGCCCUUGGCUGGAGGGACACUUGGGCCUUCGUGGGACAAAAAGGAGGUCCUGUUCUUGGCGAGAAACAUUCUAAGUCUCCUGCUCUCUCCUCCUGGGGUGACCCGGUCCUGCUGAAGACAGAUGUACCAUUGAGCUCUGCUGAAGAGGCCGAGUGUCACUGGGCAGACACGGAACUGAACCGCCGCCGCAGGCGCUUCUGCAGCAAAGUUGAGGGCUAUGGGAGUGUUUGCAGCUGCAAGGACCCAACACCUAUUGAGUUCAGCCCUGACCCACUUCCAGACAAUAAGGUCCUCAAUGUGCCUGUGGCUGUCAUUGCAGGGAACCGGCCCAAUUACUUGUACAGGAUGCUGCGCUCUCUGCUGUCAGCCCAAGGGGUAUCUCCACAGAUGAUAACUGUCUUCAUUGAUGGCUACUAUGAGGAGCCAAUGGAUGUGGUGGCGCUGUUUGGUCUGAGGGGCAUCCAGCACACUCCUAUUAGCAUCAAGAAUGCCCGUGUGUCUCAGCACUACAAGGCCAGCCUCACUGCCACUUUCAACCUGUUUCCGGAGGCCAAGUUUGCUGUGGUUCUGGAAGAGGACCUGGACAUUGCUGUGGAUUUUUUCAGUUUCCUAAGCCAGUCCAUCCACCUGCUGGAGGAAGAUGACAGUGUGUAUUGCAUCUCUGCUUGGAAUGACCAGGGUUAUGAACACACAGCUGAGGAUCCAGCACUACUGUACCGUGUGGAGACCAUGCCUGGGUUGGGAUGGGUGCUCAGGAAAUCUUUAUACAAGGAGGAGCUUGAGCCCAAGUGGCCCACACCAGAAAAGCUAUGGGACUGGGACAUGUGGAUGCGGAUGCCGGAACAGCGCCAAGGCCGAGAGUGCAUCAUCCCAGAUGUUUCCCGAUCAUAUCACUUUGGCAUCGUGGGCCUCAACAUGAAUGGCUACUUCCAUGAGGCCUACUUCAAGAAGCACAAGUUCAACACGGUUCCAGGUGUCCAGCUCAGGAAUGUAGACAGUCUGAAGAAAGAAGCUUAUGAAGUGGAAAUUCACAGGCUGCUCAAUGAAGCUGUAGUUUUGGAUCACAGCAAGGACCCUUGUGAAGACUCCUUUCUGCCAGACACAGAGGGCCAUACCUAUGUAGCCUUCAUCCGAAUGGAGAAAGAUGAUGACUUUACCACCUGGACUCAGCUUGCCAAGUGCCUCCAUAUUUGGGACCUGGAUGUUCGUGGCAACCACCAGGGCUUGUGGAGAUUAUUUCGGAAGAAGAACCACUUUUUGGUGGUCGGGGUCCCAGCCUCCCCUUACUCAGUGAAGAAGCCACCAUCAGUCACCCCUAUUUUCCUGGAGCCACCCCCAAAGGAAGAAGGAGCCCCAGGGGCCGCUGAACAAACAUGAAGCCUCCUCCAGGACCCUGCAGGGCUGGGUACUGUGUACCCCCAGGCAGGCUAGCCCGUCGCCCUAUCCUGUAGGAUUUUGUAGAUGCUGGUAGGGGUUAGGGCUGGUUUGUUUUUAACAUGAGAUUUAAUUACUAACUCUGAGGGGAAGGGUCCCCUGAUCCAACACCCCUGUUCCUGAGGUUAAGGUCUAUUUAUUACUUCCUUGUUGGAGAAGGGCAGGAGAGCACCCAGGACCUCUUUUGGAUCUCUGGGCAGCCGAUCCUGCCCUUUUUACACCCCAUCCUCCCAGGCCUGACUCAGAAUCUAACCUAUUUAUUGACCGUCCUGAAGGCCUUGGGAAUAGGCCCGAACUGCGGCCUUUAUUCCCCUCUGGACCAGGACACUGCCCUGAGGGUGGGACUGGCUCAUACUCAGGAAACUGCUGUGCCCAACUGAUGACAGGCCCAGUUGGGCCCAUGUGCUGACAGAUUCACUCAGAGACCCUUAGACACUGGACCAGGCCUCCUCUCAGCCUUCUCUUUGUCCAGAUUUCCAAAGCUGGAUAAAGGUGGUCAUUGAUUAAAAAAGGAGAAAACCUC